CAGGCGUUGGGGCCGGGCCGGGGUGGGCGUUUUUCUACUCACGCAGCUCACGCGGUCCUAGAGGAGGCGCCGGGGGCCCCGGGCUUGGGGGGCGGCCGGUCGGGGAGACUGAGUCUCCCGGCCCCCAGCCUUCUAAGCGCGGCUACUCGGGCACCUGGGUCCUACCGGCAGCUGGCUGGAGGCAUCGCCGAAAUCUCGCAGCCUGUCAUCCCAGCCGGCCCAUCUGGAGGCCAUCGCAGCCCCCUUCUCAAUGGCACUUGCGUGUCCCCCGACAAGAGGAGCAGCCGAGUAAAAUCACCAGCUCCUGAGCGCGUGGGCCCGGCCCAGCCCUGCCCUGUUGGCCUGGCCUGGCCUGUACUGUCAUCUCUUGUGUCAUCCUCUCCAGGAACAGUGACUGCUAUCGCAGGUGUGCCCACCUGCAGACAUGGGACGCAGAAAGUCAAAACGGAAGCCGCCUCCCAAGAAGAAGAUGACAGGUACCCUUGAGACCCAGUUCACCUGCCCCUUCUGCAACCACGAGAAGUCUUGUGACGUGAAAAUGGACCGUGCCCGCAACACCGGAGUCAUCUCUUGUACCGUGUGCCUAGAGGAAUUCCAGACGCCUAUCACGUAUCUGUCAGAACCCGUGGAUGUGUACAGCGAUUGGAUAGAUGCCUGCGAGGCAGCCAAUCAGUAGCGACGCAGAGGACCCACCCCCUGGGCAGCCCCGCCUACCGAGGAUGCGCCCGCCGGGUCGGACACCAGAGACAUUCCAGGGGUCCAGGGUGUGGGUCCAGGGCUGUGGCUCGCAGCCCGCCGUGUGUGUGGAGUGGGUGUGAGUGUGUGUGUGGCUGCCGUGUGGCUGUGGCGUGGCCGUGGGUGUGCUUUCGGACACGUGGUGAGGUUGAGGGUUUGCUGGGCCUGAGGGGCCUGAACUGGCCUCACUUGGCUCCAGAAGCCUUUGCCUCGCUCCCUGCUCCCCCGGCCCCCUGGCUUUGGGGCUCUGGCUCCUGGGGGUGGGGGGCAGUUUCCCGACGCCCCGGGAAGGGAAGCCUGGGAGAGGCUGGAGCGGACCCUCUCCGGCCACCUCACCAGCACCUCGCCCCUUUGACUGGACUCCCCGCUUCCUCACCUUCCGAUGCCCGUGGCCUGGAAUUGGAAGCCACUGUCGCGCAGGUCCUUGACUGGGCCCUGGAGGGAACCAGCCCCCUGUGCUAACUGGGAAGCCUCAUUUCAUGUCACUUGCCUUUGUAGAGGAGGCAGGGGCUGGGUUGGGGGACAGCUGUCAGUCACAAGCCCUUAAAUAAAAGCAGCCGAUGCAGAUCCCUG